UUUAUAUCAUUCAAUUCAAUUAUUUUUAAUCAUUACUGGUUAAUCAACGUUAUUACUUAUUAUAAUUUAUAAUUAUUUGUGUUCUUUUAGUUUUAAAUAUUUAUUUUCUAGUUUCUACACUUAGGUUCAUAAAAACUGGAUAACUUGGUUGUGGUUAUUUAUUUACUAAACAGUAAUACACUUCCGCUACUUUCAAGUUUAUUUUGCAUUGGAUUUGUGACUUAUGGAUUAUCCAGUAAGUCGGGGAAGUAUUUCUCGAACAACCAUUUAUAAUGUACCAAAAAACAAUCAGAAGUGGUAUUGUGGUACAGAGCAGUGUCCCAUGUGUCGACAUUUCCAAAAAACCUUUCAUUGCCAGAAUUGUGUGAGCACUGGCGAUUUUGGGCAUUCCUUGAUCGAUAAGGGCAAAUUUUCAAAGAAACAAUUAAAAUAUAAUAGUAUUGUCUACAGUUGCGAGUCAUUAAAAACCGAUUGUACUAGAAUAUACUCGAAAAAACAUCAUAUUAUAUUAAAAAAAAAUGAAACUUCAAUAUUGCAAGAAAAAAUAAGAUUGCUUAAACUUUCAAUAUCGGACAAAAAUAAAGCCAUUGUCGACAAAAAAAGCUUACUGAAAAAACUAAAAGUAGAAAUUGAUAGCCAAAAAUCAAGAGUCGAUCGUUAUGGCAGACGUGUGGUACGGCUAGAAGAUUUUACCAAAAGCCAAGAAGUUAUUUUGAAUGAAAAAAUAGACAAAUUGCUUACUAUUAGACCAGACUUAAAAAAUGUUAUACGUGCGCGUAUCAAACAACUUGUGACUCAUAUAUUCUAUUUAAACGAAGUACAACCAAUAGUUUCACAAAAUGAAGAAUUGGGUAGUAACAACAGUUUGAGCAACGCCCUUGCCGAAGCUUCUCAGCUGACUUAUGUGUGUGGUCAGUGGGUCGACACUUGUGAAGAAUGGUCGAGGCAAACUGAACUUGCAUACCAAAUUGUUGCACCAACGUUGCCAGCAAACGGAGACUAUUCUUCAUAUUACGAAUGGGUUUCAGAUAAAAAUAAAGAUUAUGCAUUUAAUCAAACUUUUGCCGAACCCAAUCCGGCGUGUACAAUUAGUGCUGCAUUAACAUAUACCUCACAACUAGUAAAACAACUAUCGUUUUUCCUUGAUAUAUUUUUGCCCAGACGACAAAAUAUUAGCGAAUUUUGUGGAAAUGAAUUAAACGAAAUCAAAUUUUCAAAAUAUGUCACCCAUUUAAAUGCUAAUAUUUUGUAUUUAUGUUUUUCACAAAAUGUUAAUCCAAAUUUAUUGCAUCCUGAUUAUACAUUAAAAAAUUUACUUCAACUGCUCAACACAAAUAUUAGCGACUUAGGAAGAGUUGAACCAGCUAAUAUUGAUAAAAAAAUAUGUAGUAUACUUGAGGAAAAAAUUGCUGUACAAUUGUAUUCGUUCAGUGGUGAUUCUGAUUCAGAAGACGAUAACUAUUAUGAAUGGGAAGCUGUUCCUAAUGUUGAAUACCCGGCUGAUCACAAUCAAAUAUCGUUGCAGUCAACCAGCAGUGUGGUCAGAGCAGGCCUCGUAGCCAGUACGGCGGCAAGUUUAGCCUCAAUGUGGCGUGGAUGGACAACCAAUAGAUAAUUUUGACUUCAGUAUAUAAAUAUUACAUAAAAUGGCGUAUACUUACAAAUUUUCUUUAAUCCAUUUUUUAAAAGAAUUAUAUUUGCACAAACUUAGUUUGAUUCAUAAGUUUUAUUUUGUAUACAAUACUAUUUAAGUUUUUUUAGAUUUAAACAUAUAUUAUGACAGAACACAUUAUGGAGAAGCUCUAUUUUAUAUUCAAAUGAACCAAAUAAUUUUUUUUUCUUGUAGUAAACUCUUGAACCAAACCUAAAAGGUUCCUUUUUGCCAUAGGCAAUUAACAAAAUCAAAUCUAUUUUAGCAUAAUGUUAAUUUU